AUGGAGAGGGAGCUUCCUGGUUACAGAAAGUCGGUGUUGACUCUUUUGAUUCUCUCCACUCUCCUUUAUGGAGUUCAUGCGAUAAAUAGCAAACUUACGGCAAUACCCUCAUCAUCCACGAAUUACAAGAAUGAUAAAAAUAAAAACAACCUACAGUUAAAGAUGAAAUAUAAUGGAAAAAGUUUUGCCACUGGUUCAUUACCAAAACGUUUGAAGGUUGUCCAACCACGUUACCAAGAUGUUGCGGACCUAGUUGAGAUGGAUUACUCUCGGCCCCGGAUGAAAACACCGAUACACAACUAAAAUGAAAAACAACUGCAAGAACGUUACGUAACCACCUUUGUCUUCCUCCCACUAUUAUCACUUAUGCAUUAUAUACUUGUUAACAUAUUAUUUGUUCUAAAAUAAACGUAAAUAGUUUUUAAAUGUAUAUGUAAUGAAAUAUGAAGCUAGAUCAAUGAGGU